AUGAUCGAAUUAUUAUACUACUGCUGUCCAUAUGUGCCAUUUCUGAUCGAUUUGGCUGUGUUGAUACCAUUUUGGCGUCUUGUGGCCAUCGUCGAUACUAAUGACUACAUGACUGUCUACAUGAUUGCCGUCAAUAUUCCCUAUACAAUACGUCUUGUACCGCAGUACAUCAACAUUCUGGCGCCAACACCUCCAUCACGACCACCAGACAUACCGUUGCAGCAAAAGAAUGAUACCCACCCACAUGCAGUUAACCUUCCGUUUGUCGAAACUCCAACUCAGCUGUUUUUCACAAUGAUGUCGGCUUUUAUGGUGAUCACUAUAUGUUAUGGAGCUUUCAACGUGUUCAUUUGCAUGCUGCAGGAGAUUCGCCGUGGGAAAACUACAAAAUGCAAUACAUGGGCACCUAUUAUCGUGAUGAUGGCAAUCACUCAGGGAGUGCUGAUCACCAUCUACAAGUUCCAUUACCUCUCCGAGUCAAUGAUUCUUUUCUUGGUGGUCUAUUACGUUGCAGUCUCUGUCAUCAUGGCGGUAGUGGUAGCCGUAUUCCUUCAUCGCCCACGUCCAAACGACAACACCUGGGUGAAACGUCGGCAACCAAUGAAAUCGAAAUUCAGUCGUUUCCUUCUCUUCUGUCUUAUCGCAGUACUCCCUUCAAUGCUGCAUACACAUCACCUGAGCGCUAAACUAAUGGAUUGGUACUUUGGUGGUGUCGAGGUUUUGACGGCCAUCUAUACUUUCACCGACUACAUGCUUCAUCCAUGGAUUUUCAACAUCGCCGGAAUGCUGUUAUUGGAGCCGUUCAGGUAA